UGUUGAAGUUCUUAUAUUUUAGAUUUUAGCAAUAACAGAACAAUUAAAAAUUAAAACUUAUGUAUGUCAGAUAAAAUGAACUGAUUACUUAUUUGUUUAAGUGGAACUAGUUGUACAAGUUGUGUGGUAAAGUGAUCCUUGUUUGACUAGCAGUACCUAUAUAAAUAGAUAAUUCUCCAGUCUCCACAUAAUUUAUUAAAAUUCUCAUUCAUCAUGACUAAUCUGGAUGUAAGUAACAGUAGUACAGAUAGUAGUUCAGGAUCUAGUUCAGACACUACCAGUAGUGAAACAUCGUCUACGAGCUCAGGGUCUGGAUCUAGCAGCUCAGACUCAGAAUCCUCUUCAGAUGUGCAAGCUGUUACAACAGAACAAAAAUCGCCAAAACCAGCUGCAGUUGAAGAGAACAAAAAAAAGGAGGACACAAAGCCUCGACGCACUUCAAAGCCUAAAAUUAUAUCCUCUAGUGAUGAUGAUAUUCCAAAAGUUCCCAGUCCAAAGCCUUCAAGAUACAGAGGGCCGGGUAGGAAAAAUGCUGCUAGUGUACUUGUGAAAAAUAAACCAGCUGCAAAGAUGACUACAGGAGCUAAAGCAAAAGCUUUAACAAAAACAUUGCCCAAGAAUGUUAAACAGGAUAAUGCUUCAAAGAAAAAAAGUAUAUUCUCACCAGAUAAUAGCACUGAAUCAGAUUCAGAUAGUAAGGAAAGUAAAUCAUCCAAAAACAGUGUGAAAGAUUCACCUAAAAGUAAAAAACCCACAACUAGGAAGUCUAGUGAAGAGAAAUCAUCCUCGCCACUGACAUCGGUACAAAACGAAGACUCAAAUUCAACAUCCAAGGACAGUUCUAAGAGACGUGCCAGCAAAUCUAAUGGACCUCCUCCAAAAAAAAUAUCAGAAGAAAAAAGUGCAUCAUCUUGCACUUCCAGCCAAUCCUCUGUGGAAUCAGUAUCCUCAGAUACUGAUAGUGAGCUCUCAGCAAAGAAAGAUUCACCUAAAGAUUCUAAAUCAUCAGAGGAUAAACAAGAUUCACAGAAGGGCGGAGAUUCAGGUGACUCUGUAGUGGAGGUUAUGCCCAGGAAAUUGACUCGUUCACUUGCAGCUCGAGUGUCACGAAUGGCAGCUUGUAAACCCAACAAUACUGAUACUGACUCGGAAGCCGAUGAUAAAGCCAAUGAGAAAAUGAGCAAAGAAGAUAAAAGAUUAGCUAAAGCUCGGGCGGCCCUGACUAAGUCACCUGCCGUCUUGAAUCAUUCUCAACAGCCUUCAGAACGGCAAUGUCCUGUCAGAGGGUGUGACUCUACCGGACAUUUAGGCGGCAAAGCAGAAAAGCACUUCACUUUCGACGCCUGCCCCAUGUACCAUAACGUUACUUCCGCGUGGUGCGUCGCGGCAGCGGAGGAGCGUGCGGCCGCGGCUGCAGCCAGACGUAAAGCUGUCGCCACCAUGGUACAGAGGCCCAGAGCCCAGCCUACCAUUGAGCAGAGGGCGUAUCAGCUUAAAGUUAAGGAUAUGCGUUCAAAGUGGAAAGGCAGCCACGAGUUGAAGGCGAUGACGAACAAUGAAGAUCUGAAUGAAGACAAGGAGCCGGUGCUGGACGGCUUCGUGCCGGACUACGAUUUGCGGCUGUUCAGGGAUGCUCAGGCGCUGGCCGCGGUCAAGGUGGAGGAGGAACUUGAUGAAAUUGCCUCCGACAGAGGCACAAGAUACGUGGUGAUGGGCAAGUACAUGAUGGAGGUGUGGUACCAGUCGCCGUACCCGGGCGAGGCCGCCCGUGUGCCGCGCCUGUUCGUGUGCGAGUUCUGUCUGAAGCACCACAAGUGUGCGGCCGGCGCUGACCGCCACCGCUCCAAGUGUGUGUGGCGGCACCCGCCCGGAGACGAGGUGUACAGAAGAGACAGUCUGAGCGUGUGGCAGGUGGACGGCCGGAAACACAAGUUGUACUGCCAGCAGCUGUGCCUCCUCGCGAAGUUCUUCCUCGACCACAAAACUCUUUAUUACGACGUGGAGCCUUUCCUCUUCUACGUGAUGACGUGCGCCGAUGAAGAUGGUUGCCAUAUCGUCGGCUACUUCAGUAAGGAAAAGAACUCGUUCUUGAACUACAACGUGUCGUGCAUCCUGACGCUCCCCCCCUAUCAGCGGCAAGGCUACGGGAGGCUGUUGAUUGAUUUCAGUUACCUGCUUACAAAAGAAGAAGGCAAAGUGGGUUCACCAGAAACGCCGCUGUCGGAUCUGGGUCUGAUUUCGUACAGAUCGUACUGGAAGGAGGCGAUUCUCAAGCGGUUGUGCUCGGCGCCCGGACCAACGCUGUGCAUCCGGGAUUUGAGCAAGGACUUGGCUAUUGCGUCAUCGGAUAUCGUGUCCACGUUGCAGGAGAGAGGGCUAAUGAAGUAUUGGAAGGGGAAGCAUAUAGUCUUGAAGAAACAGGAGGUGCUGGAGGAGGCCACUCGUCGCGCGGGUCGCGUGCGCUCCGUGGACGCGUCGUGCCUGCGCUGGUGGGGCGGGCCGGCGCCCCGCUGACGUCACUCGCGCCGCGCCCCCCCCCGGCCCGCGAGCGGCGCGGCGCGCUCGCUGCUGUAACUGAUGACUGCGGCUGUAUGAACUUCAGCAAACAGUGGCAAGAAAUGUGUCGUUUAAUCGACCAAUGGACUGUUCUUAUUUGAACACUAUGUGAAUUAUAUGUGUUAAAUUUAAACUGUGAAGUGUCUGUACUGUGUUCGGAAUAAGAUUUAACCUCAGACGAUUGAUGGUUUAUGACGUCAAUCCCAGUACUGUGAACUCGUGUUUCUAGAAUGUUCGAGUGACUGCUUCGUAGCAGGUAUAUGUUUUAUGUAGGUACCUACUAGUAGGUAUAUUGUCAUUGUAAUGAUGUUAUAUUAAUUGAACUGUCUUAUUGUGUUUGUAAAUAAUUUUACACAAUC